GCUGAGUGUGACGCGCUGUAGAAACAUCACAGCUCUCCCACUAUGCUCAUCCAUUUCUAAUAUUUACCAUUUAUAUUAUUAUUCCCUUAUAGUAUCGCGAUAUUUGAUGCUUAUCUGAUUAUUUUCAUCGCCCUGUCGCUUAAUAUCGCCCGUAUCGUGCAGCCAUGACGGAGUUCUGGUUGAUCUCGGCCCCCGGAGAGAAGACCUGCCAGCAGACGUGGGACAAGCUGAUGGUGACCACCACUCGCACCAACAACCUCUCCACUAACAACAAGUUUAACAUCCCUGACCUCAAGGUCGGGACGUUAGAUGUUUUGGUGGGACUCUCAGACGAGCUGGCGAAGCUGGACUCUUUUGUGGAGAGUGUGGUGAAGAAGGUGGCUCAUUACAUGGCCGACGUUCUGGAGGACAGUCGAGAUAAAGUUCAGGAGAACCUCCUGGCUAACGGGGUGGAUCUGAUUACUUACAUCACACGGUUCCAGUGGGACAUGGCCAAGUACCCCAUCAAGCAAUCCCUGAAGAACAUAUCUGAAAUCAUAUCCAAGCAAGUAACGCAGAUCGAUAAUGACCUGAAGGCCCGAGCGUCGGCCUACAACAACCUGAAGGGGAACUUACAGAACCUGGAGAGGAAAAAUGCUGGGAGCCUGCUGACCCGGAGCCUGGCCGACAUCGUGAAGAAAGAGGAUUUUGUUCUCGAGUCGGAGUACCUCAUCACUCUGCUGGUGGUGGUUCCAAAGACGAACUACGCAGACUGGCAGAAGACGUACGAGACUCUGGCUGAGAUGGUGGUGCCGCGCUCCACAAAUUUGCUGUUUGAGGAUCAGGACAGCGGCCUGUUCAGUGUUACGCUGUUCCGUAAAGCCAUCGACGACUUCAGACUCCAAGCCAGAGAAAACAAGUUUACUGUGCGAGACUUCCAGUACAACGAGGAGGAGAUGAAGGCGGAUAAGGAGGAGAUGAACAGGCUUUCUACUGAUAAGAAGAAGCAGUUUGGUCCGCUGGUGCGAUGGCUGAAAGUGAACUUCAGCGAGGCUUUCAUCGCUUGGAUCCACAUUAAAGCUCUGCAAGUGUUUGUCGAGUCUGUAUUAAGGUACGGCUUACCCGUGAACUUCCAGGCCAUGCUGCUGCAGCCCAACAAGAAGAACAUGAAGAAGCUGAGGGAGGUGCUGAACGAGCUCUAUAAACAUCUGGACAGCAGCGCCGCCGCCAUCAUCGACCAAUCUGCUAUGGACAUUCCAGGACUGAACCUGAGCCAGCAGGAGUACUACCCCUACGUCUACUACAAAAUCGACUGCAACCUGCUCGACUUCAAAUAGUUCUCGCCCUGCCCCGCCCCGCCCCGCCCAUCUCAGAUCUCACUUCCUGUCCUUGUGAAGAAUCACCACGACGUCUCGCUCGCUUCAGUAUCUAUUUUUCCCGCAGUAUCUCGCCCUUCGUGUCCCCUUUUAUUCUCUCUGUAUAUUCCCCCCGGUGCAUGCUGGUUUUAAUCGAGAGGUUCGGCUGCUCCCCGGUACGGCGUGGGAUCGCGUCCCUCCCCGCCAUCCUCACAGGUUUUUUUGUGUUUUCUAAAGAUCAGACUGUAUUUCUGACCGGACGGGUCGGAUCCAUAUAGCAGAAGUGAUUGGUGUAUCUAUUCGUAUGAUGAUCAUUCCGCUGUCGUCGAUGCACUGUGGUCAAUCGCGUGCAGUUUAUAAUUCGGUAGUAGAUAUUUAGCCGUGUGAGGACGCUGGUGUCUUUUACCUUUGUGUUGAACGGUUCCACAUCACGGUACCUGUGUGUGUUACCAUGUGUUGUGUACAUUCGGUGUUCAAGAAAUAUAAUGUAUAUGUUGAACUUAAUGUGUGUGUGUGUCACAAAGUUCUGAUCAAUGAAGAUUUAAAGUUCUCAUCUUA